AUGGCCGCGGAGAACUACUGGAGGUACGCCGACGCGCGGCAGCAGCAGGCCAUGGUGGCGGCAGCGGCGGCCGCGGCGGGGAUGGCCCCGGCAGCUACCAUUGCGCCGUCUCUUAAGCGCGCGCGCCCAGACUACGGCGAUGGUCCUGGAGGACAAGAGAUGGCUGGAUAUUAUCCGCGGGAAAAUGCAGGUUACCACUCACUUAGAGACAAUGAAGCAAUUGGAGCAUCUUACGACCGCUACUUACGCAAUGGGAUGCCUUCUGUGGCAGCCAAUGAACCAAGUAGGGCAGUUGUUGGUGCCAUGGGUGGAGCUGCUAUGGUUGGUGGUGGAAUGAGUGGAUAUCCUGUUGAUGACCGCCGUAUGAUGGGUGUCGUUGGUAUGGACAGCAGAGCCAUGGGGUAUGGUGCAAGACCUGAGCCUCCUCUCCCCCCGGAUGCAUCCAACACCUUGUAUAUUGAAGGUCUGCCUGCAAACUGCACGCGCAGGGAGGUUUCACAUAUAUUCCGCCCUUUUGUUGGUUUCCGUGAAGUGAGGCUUGUCAACAAAGAGUCAAGACACCCUGGUGGAGAUCCUCAUGUCCUGUGUUUCGUUGAUUUUGAUAGCCCUGCCCAAGCUACUAUCUCACUUGAAGCCCUGCAAGGUUAUAAGUUUGACGAACACGAUCGUGAAUCAGCCCAUUUAAGGCUGCAAUUCUCGCGCUUUCCUGGUCCGAGGUCAGCUGGUGGGCCUCGUGGUAGGCGUUAA